ACUGCGCAAGUGCGUAAACUACAUCCGCCGGCUGGUCGAAAGAGCCUCUCUCGAUUUUUGGAUAUUUAGCAGCCAAAAACUAAUCAAAAUGGAUCCACAGACAUUUCUAGACAUUUCUACAAAAGUCUUGAAGUUAAAGAUGUUUCCGUAUUUCCACAUCGCUCACUACUCUUUGAUGUGCAUCAUGGUUAGAGAGGACAAUCAUCCCCCUUCACCAGGAUCACAAAGAUCACCAGAGUUUUCCAGGAAACAUCCUUUAGCCAGCUGGAUGGCCAGUAUGCUCAUGUGCUUCGGGGGAGGGAUCAUCGGCAAUUUACUUUUCGGCGAGUUUCCUUUAGCACCAUUCAAAAGCCAUGAAAAUGUAAUAAUAGCUUCAGCAACUUGGUAUUUAAUCAACUAUUCCCCAUUUGACGUAGUGUACAAGCUAGCAACAAUGCUCCCAAUCAGGAUAACACUGUGGGUCAUGAAGGAGAUUGAGAGAGGGAAAAAAGUAUAUGACGGAGUAGCAUAUGUCGCCAAGUUAUAUCCAGAUGCGUACCUCCUCAUGGCAUUUAUGGGAACAAUAAAAGCCGGGGGAUCCAAUCUGAUGAUUCCGUUCCAGCGGGCAGUGAGGGGCAUAUGGUUGCCUCAACUGAACGAAUUUCUAAGACCUUCAUAUGUGAUCAAAGCCUCUCUAGGUGGUGCUAUCAUCUUUAUCCUGGAGAGAACACAGAUCCUUGUUGCGCCCCAUGCUGUCAUCUACUUCGGUGUCGUCAUCUUCUUCAUCUACUUCCGAUUGUCAGCCAUCUUGCUCGGAAUAAGCGAUCCAUUCGUACCAUUUGAGAACUUGUUCUCAGCGAUAUUUUUCGGUGGAAUGUGGGAUGCGUUGAAGAAGGCAGUCGAGAAAGAGAAGCGAACUGAGAAUGGAGCGACACCUGGUGAGAUAAAAAGCAAGGAAGAGAAGAAACGGGACUAAACACAAAUAAGACUCGAGCAGAAGCAAUUGUAAUGGAGAAACGAAUCCUCAGUUAGUUGUCCCUGCUGAUUUAUCUAUUCUCCAAGGGAACUUUCGAACAUGCAAGAAACUGAAUCAGGUAGAGAUAAG